AUGAGCUCCCACACCCCCAACUCGUCCAACGGUGUGCACCGAGGGUCUGACAAUUUUACGGGAGAUGACCAUCUAUGGGUCAAUUUUGACCCAGCAGAAACGCUCGCCAAACUCAGAGCGGAAGAGGAAAAUAGGGAGAAAGAGGAGAGCAAGACCGAGGAAUCAGACAAGGAGGUAGAGAAAGUAGAACCUGCUGCCGCUGUGCCAGUUUCCAAUGAAAAUGGUCCGCCGUUUCCAAAUCGAACGUGGGAGGAACGCAUCGCCGCCGCUGAUGCGGCAUACGAGGCCGCAGUCGCGGCUUUCGCGGCUGCAGGCGACACGAAUGAGACUCCCAAAGAGGGCGAAAAGUAG